UUCAUUUAAAUGUCUCCAAUAAACUAACAGCAAGAAGUGCUGUGUGCAGACUGCAGAACAGAUGCAUGUGAAUAUCACUCACAGUAGUUCAUUAGCUUCAGGAGACGUCGUUUGAAGUUUGCAGCUGCACAAAGGACGCAAUGGAUACAGAUCCCAGCAUCUUCUCUGAUGAGCCCAUGAUGAAGAGAGGCUUUGACCAAAAGGUAUUCGUCAACAGAAGUCUGACUCUGGAAGACAUCAGAUGCUAUGGCUUUGACAUGGACUACACGAUGGCAAUGUAUAAGUCACCUGACUACGAGAGCCUGGGCUUUGAGCUGAUAAGAGACAGAAUGGUGUCUAUUGGAUACCCUCAUGAGAUUCUACGCUACACAUAUGACCCCUCCUUCCCCACACGCGGUUUAGUGAUCGACACCACAUAUGGGAACCUCCUGAAGGUGGAUUCAAAUGGGAAUAUUUUAGUCUGCAGUCAUGGCUUCCGCUUCCUCAAAGGGCAGGAGAUUCCCAACUACUACCCCAACAAGUUCAUUCGCAGAGAUGACACCGACCGUUUCUACAUUCUUAACACUCUCUUCAAUCUUUCAGAGACUUAUGUCUACAGCUGCCUUGUGGACUUCUUCACCAGAUGCAACAGAUAUACAAACCUUCCAAAAGGUUACCAGUACGGCGAUUUGUUAAUGUCCUUUAGAAGCAUGUUUCAGGAUGUUCGAGAUGCAAUGGACUUCAUUCACGAUACGGGAAUUCUGAAAGAACGAACUAUCAGGAAUUUGGAGAAAUACGUUGUCCGAGAACCAAAUCUCCCGGUACUCUUGACCCGGAUUAAAGAGGUAGCCAAGGUCUUCCUCGCCACCAACAGUGACUACAGCUACACUAAUGCCAUUAUGAAAUACCUGCUGGAAAGUAAUGCUAAGCCUGGAAGUCCAAAAAAGCCCUGGCAAUCCUUCUUCGACCUCGUCGUUGUGGACACCAGAAAGCCACUGUUCUUUGCAGGGGGGACUGUCCUGAGACAAGUGGACACGGACACAGGAAAGCUUCGGAUUGGGACUUACACAGGCGACCUCCACCAUGGAACUGUUUACUCCGGAGGAUCGUCGGACAUUGUCAGUGAUCUGUUGGAUGUCAAAGGGAAGGACAUCCUAUAUGUUGGCGACCACAUCUUUGGCGACAUCCUCAAAUCUAAGAAACGUCAGGGCUGGAAGACUUUUAUGGUCAUCCCGGAGCUCACCAAGGAGCUGCAAGUGUGGCAGGAGAAGAAAUAUCUGUUUGAGGAGCUGAAACGUCUCGACAUCUUCUUAGCUGAGCUUCACAAGAAUCUGGACAGCAGCAGUGAAGACAUCAGUGCCAUUCACACAAGAAUGAAGCUCGUUACCCACAGAAUGGACAUGUCCUAUGGCCAGAUGGGCAGCCUUCUGCGCAGCGGCUCCAGACAGACACUGUUUGCCAGCCAGCUGAUGCGUUAUGCAGAUCUAUAUUCCUCCACCUGCCUCAAUCUGUUGCACUACCCUUUCAAUUACCUUUUCAUGGCUCCCCCAGUCCUGAUGCCCCACGAAGCUCAACACUCAUCUGACUUGGCUUCAUCAGAGGUCACCUAUGCCAACCAUACUGUCAAGAAGAACUAAGUGCUGAAGACAGCUGACUGAGAUGUUUCAGAAGACUUCUAAUGCAUGGACACUUUCUCACUGAUGAGGGUGAUAAAGGGUUUGUUGCAGCCAUGACAUGCCUCUUUUACCUUUUUCUCCACCUAAUGGACAUGAAUUGCUAUGCCAUACAACAUUUACAAAUUAAACCCUAAAUAAAUGAUGCUGACAGUGUAGGAAUCAAAGCAAAAACAGACUGAGGGUUACUGUAUAUAUGAGUGUCUUUAAUAUGUUGUUACACAUCAGUGCAUAUGCACAUUUAAUCUCAGGUUUGUGUAAUGUUUUUUAAGAAGUAACUUUAUUUGUUUAUGAAACUUCUGUUGCAUCAUUUUAAUAAAUCAGUCAUAUUCUUUGUUUUCAUUUAAGUACAAAAACUUUAAUGUCUUUAUGGCAUAUACAGAAUCAUUUUACAUUGUGUUAGCGGCUUUUCAGACUCACACAGAGUCACAGAGUUGCGGGGACUGUUUGAAUAAAAACUGUUCACAGUGAAGUCUGUGGAUUUUUCCCGCGUAAGCAGGACACUGUUUCUGGAAAGACAUGUUACUGUUGAGUAUCCAAGGUGGGUUAAAAUCAAGGGCAAAUGGACCUUUGGGCUGAAAAUACUCAAAGACGCAUGAAAGAGGAAAAAUGUCUAAAAGUAUCUUUAACCAAGUCCAGUUGUCCUUGAUUUUAACCCACCUUGGAUAACUACGACCUGGAUGACUGAGAAUUGUCACAGACAUGUUACUGUUUCAAAUGUAAUUUGUUUGUGCUGUGCGAACCCCAAAAAUGAAUUCUUCUGUAUCAUCAGGUGGAGGCAGAAAGCUCAGGUACCGAUUAUGUAAAACCUGGGUGAGUACAGUUACUAGAUGUUACUAGAAGCAAUAUAGUUAAUGUUUGUGUUUUUGUCAUUUGGCUUUUGUACUACAUCUGUUGUCCACUGGAUGGCAGUGAAUCACCUCUGCUACAGACCUGAACAUCGAUCUGUGUGUGGUCAAAUGGAAAUAGAUUACUUUUUAUUCAGCGCAAACAAGUUAAAACUGUUUUAACUGGCAGAACAAUGAUCUAUCUUGAUUUGUCUUACAACAUGAAUCGUGUGUUAGUAAUAAAAAUAAAACAUGUGUUCUAAACCCUCAACAGUGAAUGCAGCAGCUCAUCUACUGGCAGAUUAAACUGAUUGUAUAUCCCUUAAUAAAACUAAUGCAUGUUAAUAUCAGGAGCCCUCAAGAGCCCACAGCAUCUUCACUCAUUAACAAAACCAUUAAAAUAAUCAAAAUGUA